AUGAAGACCGUGAGAGUUCGGUUCUAUCACAGUGGACUACAACUCAAGGAAGACAUCCGGAAAAAGGGCCUCGACGACGUGAUUUUUGAUGCCAUCACUCUCCACGAUCUUACUACUCAGCAUCACGCCCAGUACGGCGGUAGAAACGUGAAAGAUGCGUCUCUAGUGGACUUUGCAGUGCUAGAGGUGUUUCACGGGUCUGGAAGGAGUACGGGAUUUUAA